AUAUGUGCAUAAGAAUUGCGUAUAUAUAGCCCACUUGAUUUCAUGUCAAUAAGAAAAGUCAAAUUAAGGAAAUCCAUACAAAAAUAUAUUUCUAUAAUAGAAAGAAUAUAUUACUUCGAGACACUCGCGUGAUGGAUGGAAGGUCAGCUUAAAGUUCCAAUAUUAUAUUUUCAUGAACAAUGAACAGGACAGCCUGGUUGUUGGAGUUACACAGUGAUGGGCACCCUCAAAAUGUUUCUAACACGCUGUCAAAGCUAAAUAUUACCUGGUGCGUCUCGUUUCUUCGUCAUCUCUCAAAAAACGGAAACAGAACUCACUAUUCAGGACUAGAUAACCUCUCUGAGGAGGACAACUUCCAAAACUACUGUAUUGAAACCCUCCAGAGAUUUCACUUGUAUAUGCGUCCAUACGUCCUCCCAUGGUGGCAACAGUUUUUGUGGGCCACUGUCUUUGGUAUAAUGAUAAGCAUGGCAACAGUUGGAAACAUUAUUGUGCUGUGGAUAGUUGUCGCACAUAGGAAAAUGAGAACGGUUACGAACUAUUUUCUAUUAAAUCUUGCGAUAGCAGAUCUCUUACUGGCCGAUUUUAACGCCAUCUUUAACUUUGUCUACUUACUUGGAAGCCACUGGCCAUUUGCAUCCAUGUAUUGUACGAUUAGUAACUUCAUUGCUUACUUAACAGUCUCGACCUCAGUAUUUAGCAUAGCAGCUCUGAGUGUAGACCGGUACAUGGCUAUAGUACGUCCUCUAAGUCCUCGAAUGUCUAAGAAAACAGCCUUGCUAGUAACUGCAUCGAUCUGGUUAAGUGGUGUACUGUUAGCACUCCCAACAAUUCUUUAUUCAACCACAAGAACUUAUCACUAUGCCAUAGGUGGAGACAGAACCUUGUGCUAUCUGCGUUGGCCUAACGGGCAUCUAUCUGAGGACGACUAUAUAUACAACGUGUUCUUCCUUAUACUGACCUACAUAAUUCCAGUGAUGGCCAUGGCGAUAACCUACACUAAAAUGGGGCUUGUAUUAUGGGGAAGCAGAGCGAUAGGAGAGACAACAGAGCAUCAAAGAAAUGUUGUUUUAUCAAAACGCAAAGUAGUUCGAAUGUUGAUUGCUGUAGCGUUAGUGUUCACCAUUUGUUGGCUACCUUAUCACGUAUAUUUUAUCUACACCUAUCAUCAACCAGAAAUCCUUCAAACUGAUUACAUUCAACACGUUUAUUUGGUUUUUUACUGGCUGGCCAUGUCUAACUCAACUUACAACCCCAUCGUUUAUUACUGCAUGAAUACAAGAUUUAAACGGUAUUUUCGUAAGGUCUUGUGUUGUUGCCGAAAGACUACAGAUCAGAAAUGUCCUGGUAGAAGUUCUGUGGAGGGUACAGCAUCAAGGUUGAGAUCCCUCACAAGGAAAACGCUUUUGAGGAAAUCUACCAUUUCCCGGCCUAUUCCAUUAAGAAAUAUGAAAACUAACGGUCCGAUAGACGAUGUGUGAUUGGUCAACUGUCCGAUAAAUGAUGUGUGAUUAGUUAACACUCAUAUCAGAUUCGUUUAAGUUCAACCAAAUCUACGUUUUUUACAGAUUGCUUUAAAAAACCUUGCUUGGUAGCUGCCACAUGAUCUUACAUUUACGAGGAAUUCUGGGUUCGAUCAAGAUUAAAAUUGUGCAGACUAACACAAAAUAAAUUAAGAUUUCUGUCUCAUUGUUGUUUCCGUUAGUAAACCUUUUUAAUGCAACAGUUAUAGUUUAUUCAAUAUAUUCUUAAGUUAAAACAAAUGAUUCGCUGUGCAUAAAACAAUGCAAUUAGAAUAUCACUGAAGAUAUAUCCUGCUUCGAAAUUAACAAAAGUUUGUAAUGAUAAGUCCUAAUUAUCGUAUUUGUACACUUAA